GACGUAGCAGCGGAAGGCCAGCGAGGAGAUGCAGCUUCGGAGGCCCGGGACGGAAAGGCGGCUGCGGACGCCACGGUCUCGGGGACUCGGCUCCGUGGGCGUUCAAGGCUGAAGGCUCCAUACCCUCCCCCCAAGAGUGGCACGCACACAGGCUGGCACCAUCUCCGUGCCUCGAGGACGCCUGCCCGGGACCUGGGACCUGCAGUGAAGAACACCUCCUGGUCUCUUGAAUGGAUAGCAGAUGCUCACGCUUCUUCCUUCCAGCAAGAAGUCCCAAGCCCAGCACACUUGGGCACCAGAGGGUGGAACUGCACCCCCUCACGCGUUCACCCCGAAGUCUCUAAUCCUCGAAUUGAAGACAGAACACAUCCAACUCCUCCAUCUCCGCCCCUCUUAGUUCACCCAAUAAGCACAACCCCUCCAAAAAAAUUCCAGCGGAAGAAGACUCGUAAACGGAAAAGUGACUGUCUCUCGUAAGAGGACAGAGAGCUCCCGGGAAAGAAAGGCAAGGACCCGUGGCCCCGGGAUCUCCAUUCCGGCGCCCGGCACCAGCUUCCCAAGACCGCGCGAAGGAAAAGGGUACGGCGCGGGGCAGGGACAGGGUGUGUGGUCAUGAAGUUGGAGGUGUUCGGCCCCCGCGCGGCCCACGGGGACAAGCCGGGUAGUGACUUGGAGGGUGCCGGCGGCAGCGACGCACCAUCUCCGCUGUCCGCAGCCGGCGACGAUUCCUUGGGCUCGGACGGGGACUGCGCGGCCAACAGCCCGGCGGCGGGCGGCAGCGCCGAGGAGCUGGCGGGCGGCGGCGAGCGGAACGCAGGCUGCGGGCCAGGCGCUGAGGAGGAGGUCCCCGCAGCGGUGGCGGCGGGGCACGCGGAGGCCUGCGCAGCCGGGCCAGGUGCGGGGAGCGCGGGGGGCGGCGAGGGCGCGCGCAGCAAGCCGUACACGCGGCGGCCCAAGCCCCCGUACUCGUACAUCGCGCUCAUCGCCAUGGCUAUCCGCGACUCGGCUGGAGGGCGCCUGACGCUGGCCGAGAUCAACGAGUACCUCAUGGGCAAGUUCCCCUUCUUCCGCGGAAGCUACACGGGCUGGCGCAACUCCGUGCGCCACAACCUCUCACUUAACGACUGCUUCGUCAAGGUGCUGCGCGACCCCUCGCGGCCCUGGGGCAAGGACAACUACUGGAUGCUCAACCCCAACAGCGAGUACACCUUCGCCGACGGGGUCUUCCGCCGCCGCCGCAAGCGCCUCAGCCACCGGGCGGCAGCCCCCCAACCAGGGCUUCGGCCAGAGGAGGCCGCGGCCCACCCCGCCGCUGCGCCCCCUCCGCCCGCGCCCGCCGCCCCGACUUCUCCCCGUGCGCGCUCGCCCGCCCGCCACGAGGGGCGCGCCAGCCCUGCGGGCAAGUUUUCCAGUUCUUUCGCCAUAGACAGCAUCCUAAGCAAGCCCUUCCGCAGCCGCCGAGACGGGGACGCAGCCCCCGGGGCGCGGCUGCCAUGGGGCGCCGCACCCUGUCCGCCGCUCCCCACAUAUCCCGCGCUCCUCCCCGGAGCCUCCGGAGGGGCCCUGCUGCCGAUGUGCGCUUACAGUGCGGCGGAGCCCUUGCUGCUGAGCGCGCGCGGAGCCGACGCACCGCCGGCCGCGCCACCCGCAGUGCCUCACCUCUUGCUUGCGCCUCUCUCUGCCUCGGCCCCCGCCAAGCCGUUUCGUGGCCCCGCGGCUGGCGGCGGCGCGCACCUGUACUGCCCCCUGCGGCUGCCCGCGGCGCUGCAGGCGUCCUCAGCCGGUGGCCCCGGCCCGCACCUGCCUUACCCAGUGGAGACGCUUCUGGCCUGAGCUGCGCCGCGGAGCCCGGCAGCAGGGGUGGGCGCCAUCGGGGAGGCAGGGAACACAGGCUUGGGGUUUUUGCAUUUUCCAGCCAGACAAAAAAAAAAAAAAAAAAGACUUUAAAAGAAAAAUUUCCAUCAAACGUGCCUUAAAGCUAAAGCAUUUUUGACAGAAGUGUUUUAACUUAGUUCAGAAUGUUUUCUUUCUUUUGUGACUUUACAGAGAACUAAACCAAUUUCUUCAUAAUUGUUUUAGUUUACUGACCAAGCCUGUCCCUCCUUCACUUCACAAAGACUUUGUCUAUUUUCUUACUGCCCAGGCUCUCCCUUAUCCCUAUUUUUGUAGCACCUUCCAUUGAUUUUUCCCUUAAAACACACACACACACACACACACACACACACACACACACACACAUCAGGGAACCAUUCCAUAUGAUAAAUGAUAUGACUACUGUUUGGGGUUUAUUGGGGCCCCGCUCUAUGUAAGUAUGUGGCAUUUACAGGCAUGACUGAGUGUGAGAGAGGUGUCAGAGAAUCUUCAGUCAUUUCUCUGGUAUUGACCAAUGCUUCACUGUGCCAAAAGAUAAAAAAAAAAAAAAGGCUGGGUUUUGUAAUUAAAUUAUUUAUAUAUUUUUGAAACCUGAAUUGAAAAUGUUGCAGGCAACGGGCUACAGCUUUAUUAGUGGUUCGGUGGUCUCUAACUGUGGUCUCCUUGGGCCAAGCAAUUUCUGUAAAGGAAAAUUUAACAUUACCUAUGUGGGGUGCCAGGACCACUGCCACAUGAAAGCGAGUGUGAUUUUUUAUUUUUAAUAUUAUUUUAUUUGUGUCUGUACAUAUUCAUGUAUAAAUUUUAUGAAACCCAGGCAUAGUGCUUAUUUUUAAUAAAACUCACAACUGACUUUA